AUGUUGUCUUUUUAUAAGUUUUUCAAAAUGAAACUACCUGUUGUUGUAAAACAACAAGAAUCUUUUUUCGUUUAUAAAAAUGUGGACUGUCAAAGCAAAUCAUUACAAAUGGCUGUUUUAUUGUUACUAUUGAUAGGACUUUCAUAUGGGUAUUGGGGAGAAGUCAAUAAUGAAAUUCGAUACAAUACUGGCAGCAGUUCAUCACAAUGGACGGUUGGUUACUAUUCUUAUGAUCGAUUUACUUUUACAUCCCAGUGCUGCACAAACGCGAUGAAAACGUUUGCGGACACGGACCUUACAAGUGCAACUUCUGCUGCUGAUAGAUAUUUCGAAUUUUCUUCUGGCGUCAAUAUGAAAUACUUCUUUAUGAGAAAUCGACCGAAAGCCGAGCGGAUGUACGUUAAAGAAGAAAAUCGACCAAACAAUUUAGUCAUCACUUUUGGAUGUUUUGGGAGUACAACUAAUUGUCGUACUUCUCAAUAUUCCAAUGCAAAUCCUUUUAUUUAUGUCUCGGACAAAGGUGUUGUUUUAUACUCAAAAAUUGAUGAAAGAUUCAGAAUUGUAUAUACAAGAAAUGUUUUUACCACAGUACCUCUUGUUUAUAUUGAUGGUGAUGUUUCUCAAAGUGUCGAAGUUUCUUUUAGUGGCUUUUCGUUGUCAAAUAAUUUCACUGUUGAGAUGUACCUCUUUACUGGAAAAAUUAAUCCCAACAGUGUGACUUUCAUUGAUAGUGGUGCAUACGCCGAUUUUAAAGUUGCUGUCGUUUGCUAUAAAAGAAAUAUAUUUCGGUAUAUGUUAGUUUUAACUGUACACACUGAGGAUCUAACUAAUAAAGUGUGUGUGUGUAUUCCCACUUAUUAUGGUCUGGUUGAUACUUCUUACAAUUUUCCAGACUGUGCGAACAAUUCAACGUAUUUCAAUUUGGAUUUGACUGCUGGGACACAGUGGACUUUUGUUCAACGUUCGUGGAAUACAGUGAUUGUGAAGGAAGGUGUAUCAAAUAUACUGACGUCUUCAAGUACAAUCAUUUUACAAAUGCUUUCACUGAGUAAAAAUUCUCAAAUUACGUUUGAUAGUUACAUGUCAAUAAGUAGUCUUAUUUUUCAAAAUGAAUGCCUACUGGUAUUUAACAAAGAACUAUACGUCAAUUUUAUUACAGUCAAUUCAAGUGCUAUACCGUAUGGCUCAAAACUUUUUGGAUAUAAAAGUUUUGUGUGCUAUUAUUGUGCUGCAGGAGAAGUCAUCAAAUGUGAUGAUGGUUAUGUGCAUUACAAAAGUUGCACUUGUAUUACUGGAUUCAAUUUUCUUGACUCAGGACUAUGUGAAACAUGUCACUCGACUUGUGAAACGUGUAGUGGUCCAUUAGCUUCAAAUUGUUUAAGUUGUGGAAGUGGAAGAUAUUUACAAAAUGGGCAAUGUUUGUCAUGUGACUCAAACUGUUUUGAUUUUGGACCAAGUUGUAAUAACAUUAAUGGAUGCAUAAAAUGCAAAGAUGCGUUUUACGUCAACAACAAAAUGUGUUCACCAUGCAAUUCUAAUUGCAAUACAUGCAAUGGGGGGACUUCUUCAAGUUGUCUGAGCUGUAAAAGUGGGAAAUAUUUCGUUGCCCAAAACAAGACUUGUAAUGACUGUGAUCCAAAUUGUGCAUAUGGGUAUUGUAGUACUGUUGAUGGUUGUACUAAGUGUAUUGAAGGUUAUUUCCCUCAAAACUACAGAUGCACCAAAUGUGGUGUUACUUGUAAAACGUGUGAUAUUGUGUCCACCAAUUGUUUAAGUUGUUACAAUGACAGUUUUAUUGAGAAUAACAAAUGUAUCACAUGUGAAGAAGGUUAUUGUGAAGUUGGGUAUUGUCUACAAGAAGAUGGCUGCAUGAAGUGCAAAAGUGGAUAUUAUAAAAGUGGGAAAAGGUGUUUGAAAUGUGAUACAAAUUGUUUAACAUGUGGCACUACAUCGACUGAUUGUCUCUCUUGUGCAAGUGGAUUGUACUUGAAUGAUUCGACACAUCAAUGUAUUGACUGUGAUUCGAAUUGUAUUGACACGUUAACACACUGCACUUCAUCAAGUGGGUGUAUUCAAUGUAAAGAUGGCUUUUAUGUGAACAACAAAAAAUGUUCAGUAUGUGAUAAUACAUGUUAUACAUGCAACGGCAAUUCCUCAUCAAACUGUCUGAGUUGUAAUUUGGGGAGAUAUCUCGAUGUUAACAAUUGUAAAACGUGUGAUAUCAAUUGUGUUGAUAAUCCAACUAAUUGUGAUGUAAUCCAGGGAUGUACUAAGUGUGCUGUUGGCUAUUUUGUAAAUUCAAAAAUGUGUAAAAGUUGUGAUAGUCAAUGCAGAACGUGUUACGGAGAGUUGUCUUCUAAUUGUCUCAGUUGUAAAACAGGAACUUAUUUGGACAACUAUCAAUGUUUGUCUUGUGACUCAAAAUGUGUUGAUUCAAGUACACACUGUGACACAGCCACUGGCUGUUCAAAGUGUGUUGACGGGUAUUAUGCAUAUAAUAAAAUGUGUGAUCAAUGCGAUUCAACAUGUUUGACCUGUGAUGUGAUUUCAACCAAUUGUACCUCAUGUAAACAAAGAACUUAUUUAAAUGAUUACAAUUGUGUUGCUUGUUAUGUACAUUGUAAAGGAACAACUUCAUCAUAUUGUAGCACCACAGAGGGGUGUCUUGAUUGUGUAGAUGGAUACUAUAGUUCUGAUAAAAUGUGCAAAAAGUGUGAUUCAAAUUGCAAGACAUGUGACCAGACAUCAACCCAAUGCCUUUCUUGUGGAAACAAUUAUUAUCUUGAAAAUUCCAUUUGUAAAAGUUGUGGAGAAGAGUGUAAAAUGUGUGACCCAACUUUGGGAUGCACCACAUGUAACAAAGGAUUUUAUCCAGAAUCAAAAACGUGUUCAAAAUGUGACUCAUCGUGUUCUGACUGCACUUCACUUUCUGAUUGUCAAGGUUGCACCAAUAAUACAUAUCUUGAAAAUGGAUUAUGUUACCAAUGUGAUUCAAAUUGUAAUGCAACAUGUGAUGGACUACGUGGCUGUUUAAAUUGCUCCGAGGGGUAUUACCCAUCAAAUAAGAUAUGUGCUGCUUGUUCAGAAAUACCGAAUUGCGACAAAUGCAGUACAACAUCCAAGACUUGUAUUAAAUGUAACAGUCCAUUUGAAGUAUCUAAUGGGAAGUGUGUCUGUCCUACACAACUUCAAAUGUAUCAAAGUAGUGUAAAUACAUGUGAGUAUUGUUAUAACAAUAUAACAAAUUGUAAGGUAUGCAAAAACAAUGAAACAUUGAUGAGUCAACAAAAAUAUGAAGCGGUGUGUGAAGAGUGCUUUACACCUUAUGUCUUAGUCAAUGGAAAAUGCAUUUUGUGUGAAAACAAAAUAUACAACAAAAACACAAAAGAAUGUGACAAUUAUGAAACAAAUUGCACUACACAAAAUGACAACAAAAAAUGUUUGAAAUGUCAACCCUCAAAUUAUUUAUUGAAUGGCAAAUGUGUGCAAUUCACAAAUUCAGUUUGCCAGCAGACAAGUAAAAUAACAUGUGAAGAGUGUGGUGAUGGGAUUUCUUCCACUGGAAAUUGUCAAAUAACAGAUGACUUGGACACUUUAAAAUGUAAUUACUAUAAAACACAAACAAAUAAAGUUUCGUGUUUGCAGUGUGAAGAAAACUCGACAAUAACAAGUGGAGUUUGUGUGAAAGAUGAUACACAAAAUUUGAUUAAAAAUGGAAACGUUUUUAAGUGUCAAAACAACAACUAUUUAGACUCAAACAAUUUGUGUAUCAAAUGCUUUUCUAAAGACGUGUUAUCAAUUUCUUGUGUUCAAUCUAAUGAUAACAUAUUUAUAAUAAAAUGUGAACAAAAUUCACUUUUGGAUUUAAAAUCAAACAAGUGUAUGACAUCGACAAACUGUGGUGUGUUUGAAUCAAAUGAUUGUGUUAAAUGCAAACAACUUUCAAGUAAAAUCAACAACAUAUGUGCAACUUGUUCUGUUACUAAUUGUGUUAAAUAUGAUGUUAAUUGUAAAUGCGUUCAAUGCGAAAAUACACAUCUCCCAAUUAAUGGGAAUUGCUUAUCACUCAAACAACUUUCGUGUUAUGCAGGGGAUGGUAAACGAUGUACCAAAUGCUUUGACAAUUAUUAUUUUACAAACACAAAUAUAAACAAUGAUAAUAAUCAUUUUUGUUCAAAAAGAAGUGAUGAUGUAAAUUCAAAAUACAGUUAUCAAAAAUCAAAUGAAGAUGUCCCGCAAACAGUUGAAUGUUUUGGUGGUUUCUUCCCUUUUGAAAACACUUGUGUUUCAAUACAGAAUUAUAAAAAAGCUUCAAAGUUAAAAUCAACGUCAGAAAAAUGUAUAAAUGCGAUUUCUAAUAAUAUCUAUAAUUAUACAACAAAUAAAAGCACAUCAAAAUGUGAAAAUAUUGAAAAUAACACAAAUUGUGAUGUUAAAACAACAAAAGGGUGUUUAAAGUGUUCAAAUAGGUACUUCCUUCAAAAUAUGUUAUUAAUUUCAACAUGUGAAAAGUGUUCUUCUAAUUGUAUGUCAUGUUUUAACACGUCAUAUUGUCUAAGUUGUGCAGAUGGUUCCGUGUUGAACAGAGUGACAAACACUUGUGAAAAAUCUGAAGAUCUGACAAAGAAGUGUCGCCAGGUGAUGCCGGGCGGUGUUGGGUGUGCGAUAUGUCGGGAUGGUUAUUACAAAUCACAGUCAAGUUGUAUUGAGUGUGACACAACUUGCUCAGUUUGUAAUGACCAAUUUUCGUGUUUAAAAUGUGCACCAAAUCAUUUCAAAAUUUAUGGUGAAAGUCUGUUGUGUUUACCAUUUGAGAAUAUGACAAAUUGUGAAAAUAUCACACAAAGUGGAUGUAUUAAAUGUGAAAGUGGCUAUUAUUUGAGUGAAUCUAAACCGCUUUGUUAUAGUUGUAGUGUUGGCUGUGUUACUUGUACCAACUUAUAUAGUUGUGAUAAAUGUGAAAGCAAAUACAUAAUAAUUGGUCUGACUUGCGUACAUUACAGUGAAAUUAAAUAUUGUGAAAAUGCUGAAAACAACAAAUGCGCCAAAUGUUCUGAUAAUAAAAUACCAUCGGAAGACGGUGCUUCGUGUAUUGACAAGUCUAAAAUUGCGAUAUAUAUUUCUAUGGGUAUCGUAUGCGCAUUUGUUAUAUUAGUGAUCGUUUCUAUUAUAGUGUUGAUUAUCAUUUUACUGAGAAUGCACCACAAGAAAACUAAAGAACUUCGCAAAGUGUGUAUUUUUAAAAUGAGUCGGUCGAACAUAGCUUUUAUAUCAAAAUUGGGAUGCAUUUCAUCAAAUAAAAAAGUGUUAGAAUUUACAGGGGAUGACGUGUCGAAUGAGAUCAAUGUGUGUGAGGAAAACAGAGAACUCAUAUGUAUUGGAAACACAUCAAAAAGUAUCAAAAAAGUUCAAUUUACAGUUAAAGACGGGUGUGACCAAUAUUCAGUGAGAAGUGUCCCUCCACUAGUUACUCUUAAAAAAGGAUUUGCAUGCGAAUUUGAAAUCUUUUUAACACCAUAUUUCUCAAGUAACAUAUCUGACACAAUCGCAUGUGUUGUUCUUGAUAUAGAAAGUGGUAAAGAAGACGUGUAUCUUAUUAAAAUCAAAGCAACAACUAAAAUGACGACUCGAAUUGAUUAUCAUGAGUUGGAAGAAAAACAAAAACUUGGUGAGGGGUCUUUUGGUAUUGUGUACAAAGGAAUGUACAGAGGAAAUGUUGUUGCAAUUAAAAAGAUGAAACAAAUAAACAACUCAGAUGAAAAAAAAUCAAUUGAUGAGUUUGAGAAGGAAGUUGCCAUGUUGGACAAGUUCAGAUGUGAUUACAUUGUCCACUUCUAUGGCGCCGUUUUUAUACCAAACAAGAUAUGUAUGGUCACCGAAUUUGCACAAUUUGGGAGUUUACAAGACUUAAUUAAACACAAAAGAAGUGAUGAAAUUGAGACCAAGUUGCGAGUUAAAAUGUUACUUGAUGCAGCUAAAGGUAUUUCAUAUUUACACAAGAAUGGGAUAUUACACAGAGACAUCAAACCAGACAACAUUCUUGUGUUCUCACUUGAUGUAAAUGAGAAGGUGAAUGCAAAAUUGACUGACUUUGGAAGUGCAAGAAACGUCAAUCUACUGAUGACCAACAUGACUUUCACUAAAGGUAUUGGCACUCCAAAAUAUAUGGCACCCGAGGUGUUGGACAGAAAGAAAUACAAGAAAUCGUCAGAUGUCUAUUCAUUUGCAAUGACUAUGUAUGAGGUGUUACAAUUGGAUUUUGUGUUCAAAAAAGACGAUGAGAGGUUUCUACAUGUUUGGAAUAUCGCAGAUUUCAUAACCAGUGGUAAAAAAUUAGAAAGACCACAAAACAUCUCAAUAAAAGAGUUUGACAUCAUUCAAAAUGCUUGGGCACAAGACCCCAAAGAAAGAAUUCCAAUCGAAAAAGUUAUUGAAAAACUGGAAGAAUUGAAUCAUUGA